AUCCCUACUUAGUACUGAUACAAAGUUCUAUUUGGAGUUCUUGAACAUUAGCUAUUUCCUUAAUUCAUUUAGAGUCACAUUUCAACCCCCUCUAAAUCAAUUUCCAAUGGAGAGAAACCCAUUAUCUGUGCCUCAGAUACAACCUCCCACUUAUGGAAACCUAAUUACCAUCCUUAGCAUUGAUGGAGGAGGAAUAAGAGGGAUUAUUCCGGCCACCAUUCUUGAGUUCCUUGAGUCCCAGCUUCAGGAAUUGGAUGGUGAAGAAGCUAGACUUGCAGACUACUUUGACGUGAUUGCAGGGACAAGUACAGGUGGUCUUGUGACAGCCAUGUUAACAGCUCCAGAUGAGAACAAUCGUCCUUUGUUUGCUGCCAAAGAUAUCAAGCCCUUUUACCUUGAGAAUUGCCCCAAGAUUUUUCCGCAGGAAAGGGGCCCGUUUAGUGCGAUUGCAAACCUGUUUAAAACAAUAACAGGACCCAAAUAUGACGGGAAGUAUCUUCAUAAGAUCAUAAAGGAGAAGCUGGGAACAAGGAGGUUGAGCCAGACCCUAACCUCCGUAGUCAUUCCCACCUUUGAUAUCAGGCAACUCCAGCCCACCAUCUUCUCCAGCUAUGAGGUUAGAAAUGAUCCAACAAUGAAUGCUCAACUUUCAGACAUAUGUAUUAGCACCUCUGCAGCCCCAACAUACCUUCCAACCUAUUACUUCAAGGACGAAGAUAAAGAAGGGAAUAUAAGGGAAUUCAACCUUACUGAUGGUGGUGUAGCCGCUAAUAAUCCGACCUUGCUCGCAAUUAGUGAAAUCACUAAGCAGGCCUUCAAAAAAAAUCAAGAUUUCUUCCCUAUCAAACCAAUGGACUAUGGUCGAUUUCUAGUCAUCUCAAUAGGAACUGGGGCAGCAAAGAUAGAGCAAAAAUACACAGCUCAUAAGGCAGCCAAGUGGGGUGCUAUCGAUUGGAUACAUAAUGAAGGCUCAACUCCAUUAGUAUCUGUGUUUACCCAAGCAAGUGCAGACAUGGUUGAUCUCCAUCUUGGUGUGGUCUUCCAAGCAUUGCACUCUGAAGAUAAUUACCUACGAAUUCAGGAUGAUACAUUAACUGGUACUGUAUCUUCAGUUGAUAUUGCUACCAAAGAGAACUUGGAUAAUCUUGUGAAGGUCGGUGAAGAGUUACUGAAGAAGCCACUUUCAAGGGUGAAUCCAGAGACUGGUCUCACUGAACCAGUUAAAAGUGGUGGCACCAAUGCUGAGGCUCUUAAGAAGUUUGCGAAAUUACUUUCAGAAGAAAGGAAACUUCGUGAUCAAAGAUCACCCCAAAACAAAGUUGUUAAGUAUUGAUGUGAAGCAAGUUAUUUAUGAUAUCAUCAUUGCAAUAAAUUAUGAUGCUAAGUGGCUAUCCAGAUGAGGAUCCUUAGUUAUGGCUUGGGUUGUUGUUGUAUUAAUUCAUUAUAGUUUUGUGAUAUAUUCUUAGUUCUUUUAUGUAUUGGAAAUAAUGUAAAGGUUGAGUUGUACCGCAGUAAUUCUUUCUCUGUCAAUA